CACACCGGCUUUAAGACCCUCCCGUGGAAGCUUCGCCUCCCCUCCCCCCCCAGAUCCGCACCUCGGGAGCUGGGGACCCCCAUGUCCGAAUCGAGCUGCCGAAGCCUCCCCCCGGCAGAGCAGCGGGGGAGGGAGCUGGAGGCUAAAUCAUCCUCCGAGACCCAGCACUGGAUUAGGGAGCUGCCAGGAGACAAGAUUGGAUCCCUGCCUCCAAGACGGGCUGGAAGAUCAAACCGGAUUAAAGUACAAAUCUCUGGAGCGCGGCGCAUCACACUCUCCAUCCAAUUUGGGGAGGGCAGGAAGUGGCCCUAGGGGAAACUUUCUUGCCCAGGGAGACUCAGGCUGCCGGGGAGAGGCCGGGAGCAGGGGCUUGGGGACGAUAGAACUAUAGAAUCAUAGAAUUCUAGAACUACAGAAUUCUAGAACCACGGAAUAAUAGAAUUCUAGAACCACACAAUCAUAACAUUCUAGAACUGCAGAAUUCUAGAAUCCUAGGAUUCCAGAACCAUAGAACACUAGAACUGGAAGGGCCCUUAGGAGGUGAUCAAGUCCUGUCCCUGUCCCUGCUGGCGGGACCAUGGUGAUCCAGUUGAGCCGCAAGACACGGUCGCUGCUGGCGCUGGUGCUGAACUCGCUGGCCCUUGGCUUCGCCGUGUCGGCUUUCGCCACCAGCUACUGGUGUGAGGGGACGCACAAGGUGGUCAAGCCGCCCUGCCUGUCGGCCAUCCGGAAGGGCAACUGCGUGCCCGUGGGAGCCAACGAGACGGAGCCUGGCAACGCCACCCUGGACCCCAACGUGGUGCAGUACAUCUGGGAGACGGGUGAGGACAAGUACGCCUUCCGCUACUUCCACACCGGCUUCUGGCUCUCCUGCGAGGAACGCCACAGAGGUGAGAUCUGCCGCAGUUUCAUUGAACUGCCCCCCGAGUCGGAGAAAGGUGAGCAACCGGACAGACAGAUCCUGCGCGGGACUUUUUCCCUGCUGCCAGGUGAGAUCUGCCGCAGUUUCAUUGAACUGCCCCCCGAGUCGGAGAAAGGCCUCCUGGGCAUGGUGGCCCACAUGAUGUACAUGACCGUCUUCCAGGUGGCCGUCAACCUGGGGCCCAAGGACUGGAGACCCCAGACCUGGUACUACGGCUGGUCCUUCGGGUGA